AAGGGAUAUAAAGAAUUUCAGUGGAUUUGUAGACGUGUAAGCAGUGAGACAAACAGAACGAGAGAAACCUGAUACCAGUUCGACAUCCUGCAUGUACACAGUAUGUGGCAGAGUGCGUUUUCACUCUGCGUGUACAUCGUUAUCGCCCGGACGCAGUUCCCGCGCGAGUGCGUGACACCCGAGGUCCUGCGUAGUGGCACCUGCUGUCCAUCACCCACCAGUCUAGCCAAUGAUGAGUGUGGAGUGAGGACCAGGCGUGGUCAGUGUAUGCCAGUCGUCGUUGACCUGCGCCCACACGGUCCUCAGUAUCCUCACGAUGGACGGGACGAUCGGGAACGAUGGCCGCUGCGCUUCUUCAACAGGACCUGCCAGUGUAACAAAAAGUUUAGCGGGUACAACUGUGGACGGUGCAGAUAUGGCCUUACUGGAGCGAACUGUGAUCAGAGAAUCCGUGUGGUGCGUCGGAACAUCAUGCAGAUGUCUUCAGAGGAGAAACGGGCUUUCGUGAACGCUCUGGAUCAAGCCAAGAGGACGGUCCAUCCUGAUAUGGUUAUCUGCACCCGACGCUAUCAGGAGCUCUUGGGCCCAGAUGGAAACGAUGUCCGAUGCGAAAACAUCACCAUCUACAACUUUUUCGCCUGGACUCAUUACUAUUCGGUUGGGAAGACGUACAUGGGCUCAGGACAGCAUAGCUUCGGAGGCGUGGAUUUCUCACAUAAAGGUCCAGGAUUUCUUACAUGGCACCGGUUCCAUCUGCUGCAACUAGAGAAUGAUAUACAGGACAUGCUCAGGAACCGGACGUUCGCCCUGCCGUACUGGAACUUUGCGACUGGAAAAAACGAGUGUGAUAUCUGCACAGAUGACCUGCUUGGAGCCAGGAGCAGCUUUGACAUAAACAGCAUUAGCUCUAACUCUGUGUUUUCUCAGUGGAGAGUGAUAUGCGAAGACGUGGAGGAGUAUGAAACACAGGGGACCAUCUGUAACAGUACAGAAGGCGGUCCAAUCAGAAGGAAUCCUGGUGGGAAUGCUGCAUGGCCGAUCGUACAGAAACUACCUGAAAAUCAAGAUGUAAUUGACUGCCUGGAGCUCAACACAUUUGAUACACCUCCGUACUACUCCACCUCCUCUUUAAGCUUUAGGAAUACCAUUGAAGGAUACAGCACCUCCAAGGGGAACUAUGACCCAGGGGUGCACAGUCUACACAAUCUGGCUCAUCUUUUCCUGAACGGGACAGGUGGUCAGACUCAUGUGUCCUCUAAUGACCCCAUCUUUGUCCUGCUGCACUGUUUUACUGAUGCCAUAUUUGAUGAGUGGCUACAGAGACACCACCCUAGCACAGUGUUUUACCCCAAGGAAAAAGCUCCUAUUGGACAUAACUGGCGUUACAACAUGGUUCCGUUCUGGCCACCAGUCACAAAUGCGGAAAUGUUUGUCUCAGCGUCUGACAGUCUUGGAUACACCUAUGAAGUUCAGUGGCCAACUCGGCCGUAUACCAUCUCUGAGAUAAUUACUAUUGGGAUAGUGGCUGUGGUGCUGGUGGUGCUGGUGGUUUUUGGAGUCACUGCAUGUUUUGUCCGAGCGUACAGCUCACGUCAAGAGCUGGAACCACUACUGGAAGAACAUUUACAUUACUAUUCAAAUGAAUCCAAGUUUUAAUAUGGCACCUAAAGAUGGAUGCUGUUGUAAAAUUAAAGUUUUUAUUUUGGACCAUCUUACAUUAUUCAUCAGAAGAUUAUGGAUAUUAGACAGGACAAGCUGUUCAAACUGACUGUUAGAAUAAUGUUCACCAUUAACAAUCCCUUUUGAAUUUUUUACUCCCACAACAGUAUGAAAGGCUGUUGUUAAGCACCAGUUAAAAUGACACGUAAUGCAAUUUAACAAAGGUUUUUGGCGACACCUAGUGUACAGUUUGGGAAUGGUAUGUUGUGUUUUAUUUCUUACAAUCCCCAGACUUAGGUUUAAAUUUUGUUGAAUAAAUCUGUCUA